AUGGCUGAAGUUUCAGAAAUUUGUAAAUGCACAAUGGUGAGUACAAAGGGAGUGGAUGUUGGAAGAUUUUGUUCCUUGUCAGCCCUAGACCAUGUCAUGGAACACAACCAUCUUCGUAUUGUGUUGUAUUAUAGCACCCCUAAAGAAAUCAAGCUUGGAGAACCAACCAAAAUGUUGAAAGAAUCGCUGUCUCAGGCGCUUUGCGCUUAUCCAAUCGUUACCGGGCGAUUACUGAGGGAUCCGGAAAAAGGGAACUGGAUGAUCAAGAGCAAUGAUGCUGGGGUAAGGAUGGUGGAGAUGAGGGCGCAAGGCAAUGUUGAAAAAUGGUUGCAGAAUGUGGAUAGCGAGAAGGAGCUCAAGCUUGUUUAUUGGGAGCAUAUGUUUACCAAGCCUUAUUUCUGGUCCCCCUUUUAUAUCCAGAUCACUGAAUUUGAAGAAGGGGGACUUGCAAUUGGCUUGAGCUGCACUCACCUCCUUUCUGAUCCCAUUUCUGCUGUCAUGUUCAUGAAAUCAUGGGCUCACAUGACUGUGAAAGGCACAAUGCCAUCUCCUCUUCUAUAUCGCCCCAUUAAAACGCUAAGAAAAUCGGAUCAAACCUCUCAUGGUCAUUGCCACGGCAAUCUUUCCAAUGGAUUGAUCGAGCACUAUAAAUCAACUCUGAGAAAACCAAUUGCCGCAGGCAUUAGCGAGAAGAAAUUGACCACAGUUUCAUUGGCAUUCAGUGACCAAAUGGUCAGGAGUUGCAUAUCUGCGGCUUCAUCUGAUGUUCUCCUGAGGCCGCCAACCCCAUUUGAGGCGCUUGCAGGGCUGUUUUGGACAUCCAUAAGCAAGAUCAAGGGAAGAAGAGAAAAUGGCUUGAUUGACAUGUCCGUGUGUUUAGACAUGAGAAAAGUGCUAGACUUAGAUGAAAAUUUCUUUGGAAAUUGCAUGGUUUACAGCAAGGCAUCAUCAGAUGGUUUAGGAGGUACAAAUGAAUUGUCUGAAGCAGUCGCUGGAAUAGAAAAGGUAGUCGAUAAAAUGGAUGCAAAGACGACCAUGGAAUUGAUAGAAUGGUUAGAAGAAGCAACAGCAAAACAUAUAUCACCACCCUUGAUGAAUGGACUUGAUCUCAUUUGUGCAAACCUGGAGGAUGUGGAUACAUAUUCAGCCAUAUUUUGCCCCAAUUUCAAGCCAAUUCUAGCUUCUUUCUACAUUGAGCCAACAGCUGGAGAGGGCAGCAUAUUAGUUCUUCCAGCGCCACCUGAUGCAGGUCCGUUCAGUCGCAUAGUUAUGAUUACACUUGCAGAGGAUGAAGCCAUUGAACUUCUUAAAGAUGAGUCAAUCCAGCAAUUUUCUCCAAAAGUAUUGAUGAAGAUGGCAGAAAAGAAGUUAUAG